CUGCAGCAGCAUGGCAAUGCGCCACUGUGACAGUUCGCAGUUCCUGAGUUUCUCGAUUUCUUAAUUUUUUGUCUCUGUGCGAAGAAUUCUUUUCUUGAGACGCGGUAAAAUGCUUUAAAUGCUUCUUCACGUAAAAUGCUUUAAUAUUUUGCAUUGUAUAGUAGCAGUCUCAGAUACCGAAAUAAUUCUUAUCGUGUAGAGUACUUUUCACAUCUUCGCCGAAAUGAAUGCACACGUGAUCCAACCUGUGCCAGACUACUGGUACAAUGAUUUUCUGCAGGAAAAGAAAUUCCCGUUUCCUGUUCGAAGUACCGAUCCAUCCUCGAUGGGCGUGCCUAUGAUUGUAGAAUUUAAACUGGAACCCGAUGCCAACGAUGAUGUCACGAAUCCUGAAGACGUGACGAGUCCCGAGGAAGUCUUUGAGAUGCUGAAAUCCGAGAAGCCCCCCGCUCGCAUCUGGAAUCUGCUGGCCUUGCACUACCUGGUGCAUCAGCGCGAGGAUGUCUUCUGUCAGAUCCUCGAGCAGGCCAAUCAGAAUUUUAUGUACCAGAUGCAGCAUAAGGACUCGCAGGAGGAUCUCAUCGAUAUGGCUUUCUGCCUGGAUUUACUGGCGAAUUAUUAUGCUCUCAAGUCGACCAAGGAAACGGGUGAUCGUAAAAAAGAGCUCAUGUCGAAAGCCACGGUGUUGUACACACAUGUGGACCGGAUGGCCAUCUAUAAUCAGUACCAUUUGGUGGGACGCGCGUAUUUCUGUGUCCUGGAUCCGGAGAAGAUGGAGCAGGCUAAAACCCAGUUUGAUUUCGUGUUGAAGAGCUGGCCUAAUGAUCCGCUUGCGCUGCAAGGUCGCGGAAUUGUUGCCUUUCAUCAGCAGGACUACAAGCUGGCACUGCAACAAUUUAGGCGAUUGCUCUCGGCUUAUCCCCAAUGUUCAGCAGAUGUCAGAAUGGCGAUCGGACAUUGUCUUUUCAAGUUGGGUCGUUAUGAUAAAGCCAAAAUGGCAUACAGACAAGCACUGGAAAUUGACCGGACUUGUGUGGGAGCCAACGUCGGCUGUGCCGUGGUCUUACUGAACGAGGGAACUCCCGCCUCGAUUUUCGAAGCCGGAAAAAUGAUCGGUGAAGUGUACAAACUGGACAGAUCCAAUCCGAUCAAUCUAAACCUUUUAGCGGAUCAUUUCUUUUAUCGACGCGAAACCGAAAAGGCCAUCAAUCUAUCCACAGUGGCAUUCCAGACGUCGUAUUCGGACACCCUGAAGGCCGAAUCGGCGUAUAUGCUGGGAAGAAGUUUCCAUUACAAGGAGGACUUCGAUCAGGCAUUCCAGUAUUAUUAUCAGGCAACCCAGUUUGCUAAAGCCACUUUUGUUUUGCCGUGGUAUGGUUUGGGCCAAAUGUACAUUCAGAGAGGGGAUAACAAAAGCGCGACACAGUGUUUUGAGAAAGUUUUGGCACAGAGCCCGAAUAAUGUUGAGACGCUGAAGAUUCUGGGACUAUUAUAUCUUACAACGGGGGAGGCCGACAAAAGAGAAAAGGCAAAAGGUUAUUUGAAGAAAGUCACCGAGUUGUGCCCGGAUGAUAUUGACGCGCAUAUGAAGUUUGCCGAACUGCAGGAAGGAAAUGCUCCGCGUUCUGCAUUGAAUACGUACCUUCGGGUGUUGGAGAUAUAUAACGAGCGAUCGUCACAAGACGAUGCGCCGGCCGAGCUGUUCAACAACAUCAGUGUUUUGUACUUCUACCUGAACGAAAUUCCGAAUAGUCGGAAGUUUCUGGAAAUGGCUAAAGCACGAGCGGAAGAAGCUCAGAAAGAAGUCCCCGACGGACAUUACGGUGCACUGCUCACCACGAUGACGUACAAUCAAGGUCGGCUGGCGGAAGAAGCUCGCGACUUUAAAGAAGCCCGGGAGUGCUAUGACAGCAUUCUGAAGAAGAAUCCUAGUUAUCUGGAUUGCUAUCUCCGUCACGGGUGCAUGGAGCGGGAUCGAGGCUUCUUUCCCAAGGCGGCAGAUUGGUUCAAACUGGCUGGCAGUGUCGGGCAAGAUCAUCCAGUAGCGCAGUUGUUGUUCGGAAACCUGCAUAUGUCCAGAGCGGAAUAUGUCCUGGCUCAGAAGAAAUACGAAAAGGUGCUGACGCUGCCGAAGUCGAAAACCGAUACGUAUGCCAUGCUGAGUUUGGGAAAUAUUUGGUUGGAGUCGUUGUAUAUGAGCACAGCCGAUCCGGAGAAGAAGAAACGACAUGUCGACAGGGCGUAUGACUUUUACAAGCAAGUGUUGCACGUUGACCCGUUUAAUAUCUACGCGGUGAACGGAUUGGGAGCGUUAUUGGCCAGAAUCGGUCAAACCGAGGAAGCCAAAGAAAUGUUCGCAGUUGUGCGGGAAUCAUCGGCCGACAUAUUGGAUUUGUGGUUAAAUAUUGGUCAUCAAUAUUGUGAAGCUAAGCAGUACGUUGCCGGUAUGAAAAUGUAUGAAAAUGCGCUUCGUCGGUUUAAAGAUGCACAACUGGAUCCGCAAAUUCAUCUGUAUCUUGCGCGCGCUCAGUACUUCAACGGAGAUCUUAAAGACGCCAGACGCACAUUACAGUUGGCCCGUCAUCUUGUACCGCAAAAUUCGCAAGUGCGUUAUAAUCUGGCCAUAGUGAUGAAGAGAAUGGCGGUGACUACGUUGAAAGAUUCGCGCGCCGAACUGUAUGAUGUGAUGGGGGCAAUUGCCGAUCUCAAAGGCGCUGAGGAAAUGUUCGAGAAUUUAGCGCUGGAAACCGAUAAAUCGUUUCUCAUUGAUCCAACGAAAGCCUCAGAGCAGGCUCGAAUGUGCAGUGAUUAUAAGAAUCAAGCGGAUUAUCACCUCGAUCGUGCGAAAGAGACAGAUGCCGCUCAGAAACUGACACGUCAAAAAGUGGAAGAAGCCAGAUUGGCUUAUCAGAAACGAGUUCAAGAGGAAAGCGUCCGCAAGGAAGAAGAGAAGUUGAAGGAGCAGGAAGACUUGAUGAAGAAACGCCAAGAAGUGCUUAACAGGGCUCUGGAAGUCAAGGAGAAGCUGUUGCGGUCAGCAACGGAAGACGCUGUUGUCAGACCACGUAAGCGGACGAAGAAACAUGACGCGGACGAUGGAUUCGUUAACGACGGUGAUGUUUACGAAGACCGUCCUGGUGAGCCGAGUCGAAAGCGAUCGAAACAUGAUUCCGAAGGCCGAAAGAAGAGACUCGCUGGUCGGAAAAAGCGUGAAGACCAACGGGAAGGAGAAAUUGGGUCGGAUUCUGAUGAAGAAAAAGGCAAGGAUUAUGAUCCAUAUGCUGGGCCAAAAGGAAAACGUUAUCUCACAAAAGAGACCGUCAGUGACACGGAUACUAGCUCAUCUUCAGAAGGCGAAGACGACGGGGGUGGUAAGAGUAAGAAAGAUACUGUUGCAUCGUCCGAUGAUGAAGGGAAUAAUUUGCCGAGCGGACGAGACGCACUGGCUUCUUCGGACGAGGAAAAGGAGACGGUAAAGAAAAAAGCGCGGGUUAUGGAUAGUGAUGAAGAAGAAACCGAGAAGGCGCAAGAGAAGAGCUCCCCGAAGAAAGUUCGGGCACUGGCGUCUUCGGAUGAAGAAACGGAACAUGCAAAUUUUGGGAUGGACAUGGACAAAGGAGGCAAUGAAAGCGACGAUGAGCCGAAAAGAUCAAAGCUGAGUUUGAAUGAUAGCGGCUCGGAGUGAGGAUCUGCUGACCGCUUUUCGGUGUUCCAGUUUCUUAUGUGGGUUGCAGUUUGUUGAGCUUCUACUGUAAACCGAUGUUUGGGUCAUUUGAUAGCUGUCCUCUGACAGUGAGAUUUUUGUUUUGAUGUACCAGGCUAGUAAUCUGAAAGCUUGUGUUUUUCAGCUUCAGUUUGGCAAAAGUAGAACUUUGAUAACUAUGGAGUGAGCUCGUGUACGAACAUAAUGAAAUUACCGCUGA